GCCUUGAGUAGAUGUGCUGGGGUGAACAGGGUUCCGCCGCGGUCCUGGUGCCGCUAACGGAGGGCAGGAGCGGGGCAGGCUGGGGGAGGUGUCUCUUCUCAAGAGGUAUCGGCCGUCGGUGUCCCAAGGAGGGUCUGCCCUGAGGAGGCGCAGGGUAGUGCUUCGUCGCAGCCCUAAAUCGGAUCUAUCUGUGGGGUUAUUCAGAAUUAAUUCUCAUGUCAGCAGAAAGCUCAACCAUCACAGUUCGUCUUGUUCGUUCUUUUGAACACCGGAAUUUCAGACCUGUGGUGUAUCAUGGAGUCAACUUGGAUCAGACAGUAAAGCAGUUCGUUAGUUUUGUGCGGAAUGAUGUGUCUUCAAGAACAGGUCUUCCUCCUCCUUUUAAAAAUUACAAGUAUGAUACAAUGAAGAUUAUUCACCAAGCACACAAGUCUAAGACUGGUGAACUUGUAGUGAGUUUGGAAGAUGAUGACAAACUGGUUUUGAAAGAAGACAGUACGCUGAAAGCAGCUGGAAUAGCAAAUGAGACUGAAUUAGCAUUCUUCUGUGAGGAAGAUUACAGAAACUACAAAGCUAAUCCUGUUUCGGCCUGGUGAAGAUCCCAAGAGAUUGUUUUGUUUUCCCAUACCUGUUGUAAAUUUUCCUUAUUCUGCUUAAUGAGAUUUUUCUUAAAGAUCAAUAAAUCCUAGAGGAUUGCUUUGCAAA